AUGGAUGAUGGAGAGAUAAGCAUAUCGGCUUAUGACACAGCAUGGGUUGGUCUUGUUGAAGAUAUUAAUGGAAGUGGUGUUCCUCAAUUCCCGAGCACCCUUCAAUGGAUUGCAAAUAAUCAGCUUCCCGAUAAUCACCCUUCAAUGACCUUUUCAGCUUACGAUCGGAUUAUCAGCACAUUAGCUUGUGUAGUUGCAUUGAAGAAGUGGAAAAUUCAUCCUCAGCAAUCAGAAAAGGGAUUGUCAUUUCUUAAAGAAAACAUAUGUAAGCUUGAAGUUGAAAAGGCUAAGCACAUGCCAAUCGGGUUUGAAGUGGCAUUCCCUUCGCUUAUCGAUAUAGCUCGAAACUUCGGCAUAAGAGUUCCAGAUGAUUCUCCGGUCUUUCGAGAAAUCUAUGCCAGGAGAAAUCUCAAGCUCACAAGGAUACCGAAGGAGAUAUUGCACGCCGUGCCCACGACACUACUUUAUAGCUUGGAAGGAAUGCCAAAUUUGGAAUGGGAAAAGCUGCUACGAUUACAGUGCCUAGAUGGGUCCUUCUUGUUUUCUCCAGCCUCCACUGCUACUGCACUCAUGGAGACUAAAGAUGAUAAGUGCCUGAGAUAUAUAAGCAAAGCUGUUGAAAAAUUCAAUGGGGGAGCCGUUGAUAGGCUACAACGCCUUGGAAUUUCCCGGUAUUUUCGUCAGAAAUUAGAGAAUAAGUCCAAAAACUUCAGUGGCGAGUUCUGCUGGUACAUUGGACAAUCCAACCAGGCUGUUAGUGGGAUGUUUAACCUUUUUAGGGCCUCCCAGUUGUUAUUUCCAGGAAAGAAGAUACUCGAGGAUGCCAAGAACUUUUCAUCCCAAUUCCUAAGGGAAAAACAGGCUAAUGAUGAGCUGAUAGAUAAGUGGAUUAUAACUAAGGACUUACCUGGCGAGGUACAUAGAAUCGUUGCUGUUUUUUUUUGA